AUGAAUAUUGUAUUACUUCUAUUUAUUUCUUUUUCUUUAUCAAAACAGUGUAAUGAAACAAGGUUUAGUUGGAAUCAUAUAGAAACAGUUGAUAGUGCAUUUGAAUGUAUUGAAUCCAUUCAAACAACAGAGGAUGAAAAUACUGAUAUUAUUAAUGAAUUGAAGUACUAUUUAAAUGCAUAUGUAUUUAAAGACAUAUUAAAAAAUCCACCACAACCAUCAUUUUCAAAUAAUUAUUAUGAGAAAGUGGAUAUUGAUUCAGAAUUAGAUAAAAUAAAUACAAAAACAACAAGUCUGUAUGAGUUUUACUCAGAAAUAAAAAAUCUUAUUAUUUCAACAAGAGACCCUAACUUAGCUUUUAGUAUAGAUUAUUCUCUUAAAAAACCAAAUUCAGAAUUCAGACGUUUCAGAUAUUUUCUUCCAUUUACAAUAAAUAUAGAUAAUGAUAAGAAAAUGUAUUUAAAUCCACGAAAUGAACUUCCUCGUAUUACUACUUAUUCUGUUGGGGUUGACGUACCAGAAGAAAUUAUAAAUAAUCAGAAUGUAUCAGUUAUAACAAUAAAUGGAGAAGAUCCAUUUAAUUUUAUUCGGAAAUUUGGAAAGAAAUAUGUAGGACUAAAAUGUCCACAUGCACAAUUUACAGAAGCAAAAUCAGCAAUAACAUAUGGAUUAUUGGGUAGAUUACCAUUAACAAAAGAAUAUUUAAAUACACCAAUAACAAUUAUAUGGGAAAAUGGAGAAAGACUAACAGUUAAUUAUAAUAUGUAUGUCGUGAAUGAUAGUUGGGAGCAGACAUUCCAAGAAGCAUUUGAAAGAAGUAAAAGAAGAGGAAUACGAAAUGGAAUAAGGAAAGAAAAAUCUGAAGAAGGAAAUGAAAGAAAAAGAAUAAAACAAGAAAAUGAUGAAUAUAAACCUAAUUGUUCUGAAUAUGAAGAAAUAUGUUGUUUAACAACAAGCAACAAAGUAAAUACAUUAAUUGUAAAAAGUUUUUUUUGGUGGGAUAAUUAUUUGGAUAAAUUAACUGAAUGUCUUGAUAAGUUUGAUUCAAAUGAUUAUCCAAUUCAAGUAAUAUUCCCACAAAAUGGAAGAGGUUAUUCAUCAGAAUUUUAUAAAGAAAAAACUGUACCACUUGCACAAAUAAUUGAGAAAGUAUUAUCACCAUAUGAUGAUUUUGAUUAUAUACUUUCAGCAAGAAUAUCAGGAAUUACAGAAAAUAAAAUGAAACAUGGAUAUGGUAUACGCAUAUGUGAUCCAGAAACAUGUGAAAGCAGAGAACGUAGGGGUGUGAAUAGUAGUACAUUUUCUGAAUUGAAUGAGUAUUUAUAUCGUUAUCCAAAAUUGAAAUUAAUAAGAUAUCCAAGAAAACCAACAGAAAUAGUAGUUUAUACAGAUUCAUACUGUCAUUCAGCAUGUUCAUUGGUAACAAAAGGAUUAAAAGAAUGGGGAAGAGCUAUUCUUGUAGGAUUUGAUGGUGAUCCAUAUGGAAAAGAUGAAGAAUUUGAAGUAGGAGUAUCACCAACUGAAGAUAUUUUUAAUAUUAAUGAAAUAGAUUCAAAUAAUAGUUUAAAACAAAAUGGAUAUAAAUUGGAAUUGACUUUUACAGAAACAUACAGAUUUAAUUAUAAAUAUGAUGAAACAAUUCCUAGAGAAUUUUUAAUUGAUAUGAUUGAUGAAAGAGUGGAUAUUUAUCAAUUUUCAAACGAUAAGAUAAAAGAAUUUGAAGAAGAAACAAAGAAAAUAGUAGAGAAAUAUAAAACGAAAUGUAAUCCAAAGAAUAAAAGAUUAGUUAAAAGAGAUGAAAAAUGUGAUGAAGAAAUUAAUAAAAAGCAUGGACAUGGAGGAUAUGAAUGUGGAGAUAAUGGAGAAUGGAGUACAAAAUGUGUAUUGGCAUAUUGUGAUUCAGGAUAUAAAUUUGAUUAUAUCAAAAACAAAUGUAUUGAAGACGUUUGUUCAAAUGCACUACCAAUAAGCAUAAUAAACGUAAGCAUGGUUAUUAUUGGAAUAAUCGCACUAAUUCUCUAA